CGCAAGCCGAAGAGGGCUGACGUCGGACAACAAAGAUGGCGGCCGCGGGAGGGAGCAGCAGCAGCAACUACUGGGAGGAUCUGCGGAAGCAGGCUCGGCAGCUCGAGAAUGAGCUGGAUCUCAAACUCGUGUCCUUCAGCAAACUAUGCACGAGCUACAGCCACAACAACUCCCGAGAAGGAAGAGCUGACAGAUAUAGCUCUGACACAACUCCUCUCCUGAAUGGAUCAAGCCAAGAUCGAAUGUUUGAAACAAUGGCUGUGGAAAUUGAACAGCUCCUGGGGAAGCUUACAGGGAUAAAUGACAAAAUGGCCGAAUAUACUAACAGUGCAGGAGUGCCAUCCCUGAACGCAGCUCUGAUGCAUACCUUGCAGCGGCACAGAGACAUCUUGCAGGACUACACGCAUGAGUUCCAUAAAACCAAAGCAAACUUCCUGGCAGUACGGGAAAGAGAGAAUCUUUUGGGGUCAGUCCGGAAAGAUAUUGAGUCAUACAAGAGUGGGUGUGGUGUGAACAACCGGCGAACGGAGCUGUUCCUGAAGGAGCACGAACACCUUCGGAAUUCUGACCGGGCGAUAGAAGACACAAUAAGCAUUGCCAUGGCAACGAAAGAAAACAUGGCCUCCCAGCGAGGGAUGCUGAAGUCCAUACAAAGCAAAAUGAACACCUUGGCCAAUCGUUUUCCGGCUGUGAACAGCCUGAUCCAGCGGAUCAACCUACGCAAGCGGCGAGACUCCCUCAUCCUGGGUGGCGUCAUCGGCAUCUGCACCAUCUUGUUGCUGCUGUAUGCGUUCCAUUGACGGACGCUUUCUGUAGAGACUUCUGCGUCUGGGUUCUGCGUCCUGGUCCAGGAGGCACGGGACAGGCAAAGACUGUGGGGCGGCUCUCUCUCCGGCUAGGCCAAGGGUGGUGUCCUACAGCAGGUGCUCUCCCUCUCUGAGGCCGCUCCCUUGUUCUGAAGUGGCAGCGUUUGAAUUAAAACUUUGCUCUAACGUUUCUUCUCUACACCUCCCCACCCUCGUGAAAAUCUCCUCUCUUUGGGUCAAAGUGAGUGUAAAGCUUAGCAGGCGUCACAGUAAUUCAAAGGGGAAGAAAACGAUCUGCCUCCCCCAGAACAGGAGCAUCUGCCUGCCGUUCUCAAAUCCAUGUCCAAAAAACCCCAAAAUACUUUUGUGACCAAGCCCUUCUUGAAAUAUUCCAUUCGUUCUGGUGGUUUUUAAGUCAGUGCUCUGGUUAGUACAAAUAAGGCAGCUUAUUUAUUUCCUGGCUUGCUGGGUAACGUCUACGUUCUUUGGAAGCGCUUCAGAGUUCUGCCCCCACCCCAGAACUCCCGAGGGAAAUCAGAUUGCUUUGUCUACUGGGCCCAAAACUCUAAACUGCACUUCAGGAGAAAAAUCAGAGGGGGGUUGUUAGAUGCUUUAAGGGGUGAGAUCUUCCAAGGGGAGAGUAGGAGUGGAACGUAGACACCCACACACCACACACACACACUCUUUGGGGAGCCGUGAGAGGUAGUCCGCCUUCUGUAGGUCUCAUUUCCACAGCGUUGAGAGUGACCAAAGUAUCUCGAAUCGUGUUUCGGCUUUGGCCGGCCCAUCAAACUUCACGCAAGACCUGAUUUGUUUAAAGAUUCUAUUUUAAUUUAGAUGCAAAGCUACUCUUGCGUUUUAUUUUUUAAGUGUAAAAACAAAUUGCACUGGCGGGGCGCGGACCUGCCAAGGAAGCUCUUGGGGCCUCUCCCUGAAAAGAGCCAAUGACACCUUCUGGAUCCGGCGCCGUUCCGGGGGAAUCUUCUCAGACACUGUCAACACCCAAUGCCCUUUUUGUUGCGUUUAUCUGGUAAUGGUUAUUUUCUCAUUUCAGGUGCCUCCUUAACAAGGGGAUUGGACUACGGGCUUUGUUCUGUAUCUGUGUGUGUCCCCCAGUGUCCUAACCGAAGGGGGCUGUUGCCUCACAGGCUGCUAAUCCUUUUCUAACACACACACACUGAACUUCCUUUUUCGAUAAGGGAUUGAGAGAUUGGUGGGUGGACAAUCCUGUGGCAGGCCCUCCCAACUGAGCAGAAAGGGCUGCUUCUCUGCCCGUAUCUUUCCUCCAGCCUCCGCAGCUCUCAUUUCUUAUCCCAGAGCCUGUAGAGGGCAAAGCCCCACGGGGCACGACAUAAAUGUUGAAUUGGCACACCUGUUACGAUUUGCAAAGACUCCGGAAGUGGCCACUGUACAGAUAAGCAUCCUCCGGUUCCAGAUAAACUGAUUCAUCAGCUGUUGAGUCUCUUUGGAGUUUGGCUGGCAGUUUUCCACAGUGGGUAAUAAGGAUUGGGGGGAGGGGGUUGUUCAUCUGCUGAUAAGGGGGUCUUUAAUCAGUUGAUUGAGGGGGAAUGCCCGGUUUGAAAUAAAUACUGUUGGCCUUUUAUGAAAGUGAAAUGAGUUGUUAAAAGCCGAGAUCAGAUCUCCGUGUUUGGAGAGGGAGCAAACUACCCCCCCCGAGCCCUUUCUUUUCUUGAGUUACCCCUAAAUUGGUGGUUCUGCCCUGCUGACAUGGGAAGGGUUUGGUUGCUUCGUGUAG